AUGACUGUACCGACAACUGCUUAUUACGGCAUAGCACGUCCAGGCCUUAAUCAUAUAGAUCUGAUGAUGGAUACAUUCAUAGCAAAUGCAAGUCCUGAAGACCUGCGUGCGAUUGUGCGAGGCACGCUGGCGGCAGGCACCUCGGGCGUCUCUACGACGUUAACGGCCACAGCCCGUGCUCGACUGUUGCAAACGAAGGCCGUGGUACCGCCAGCACCCGAGGAGCUAUUUACCAUCCGGCCGGAGGACGGCAUCAAACUUCCUACUCCGGAGUUGGCGAAGGUUCUAUCUCGAAUACGUACAUUGUACGGAGCCGGGCUGGGAUUCGCAAGUCUGAGAUUGCUUGCCGUGGUAGUGAGGGGGAGCCGAGGAGUUCUGUGGGACGACGGAAGCCAUCUCGAGGAACUUCUGGCGUCGAUCGACACGGACAUUAGUCAGGCCGUUCAGAGUUCGCGGGAAGAGCUCGAUGGAGGAAGGGUUGGCGAUCUGGCGAAAGCUCGAGGUGCUGUAGACGAGCUGCGAGGGGCGGUGGAAGAGUGCCGUUUGACAGCCGAAUCCGCCGAAUCGGGAAACUACGGAUACUCCUUCGAGCAAGGCCGAGUCGCCCUCGAGUUCUGGAAAAUAUAA